AUGAGCAAUAAAUCAAAGAAACCCAUUAGAUCAAAUCCAAAAUUGUAUGUUGACGUAGAAAAAAGAUGGUAUGCUAUAAAACUUUCAAACUUAGAAGACUCUCAUCAAUCUUCCACAAACAAUAAUAACAAUAGCACAGACAAACACACAGAAGCAAAGAAAUUACUGACAGAAGAGAAUGAAAGAUAUGAAACAAAUUUUAGACAAAAAUUAUCAUCAGAUGAUCGUAAUUUUUAUACAACAAUGUUAAAAUCUGGUACAUUAAAUGAUAAAUUAUCAACAUUAUCUAUUCUGGUCGAUGAGUCUCCGCUUCAUUCUGUAAAAUAUUUUGAGACAUUACUUGCAAUGGCAGAAAAAAAAAGUAGAAAUGAAGCAGUUCAAUCAAUAUUCACUAUAAUGAGUUUAAUGAUUGAAUCGGUUUUACCUGAUAGAAAACUUAAGCGAUCGUUGGCACAUGAUGUGUUGGAUCAUGUAAGGCAGCAAAUGGUUAAAAUAAUUUUUACAUUGUAUAGAGAUAAACCAGAACAAGAACAAAAUUUAUUAAGACUAUUAGUAUUUAAAUUGGGGGAUUCAGACCGUAAAGUGGCAUCUAAAGCUUCAUUUAUGAUAAAUCAACUUUAUGAAUCACAUCCAAAAAAGAAAUUAGAUGUAAUAAAAGAAAUAGAACAAUUAAUAUUAUCACCUGGAGCAAAUCAUCACACACAAUAUUAUGGAAUAAUAUCAUUAAAUCAAACCAUCCUUAAAAACCAUGAAAAGGAUGUUGCAAAUAAAUUGAUUGAAAUUUAUUUUGUAAUGUUUAGAAAAUUGAGGAAAAAUAUUAAUUAUAAAGUUGUUGAUGAUGAAAAUGGAAAUAUUGAUCAGGAUCUUAUAGAUUCAAAAAUGGUGUCAGCAAUAUUAACAGGAAUUAACAGGGCAUUCAAAUUCGCUAAAGUAGAUGAUAACAUGUAUAAAGAAAAUAUUGAUAUAUUAUUUAAAUUUACUCAUAUUGGAAAUUUCAAUAUAAGUAUACAGGCAUUAAUGUUAAUAUAUCAAGUAUCAUUAACAAAAGAAGAAUUUUCUGAUAGAUUUUAUCGAACACUUUAUGAUUCAUUACUUGAUCCACGUCUAAUACAUUCCUCCAAACAAGCAUUGUACUUGAACCUUUUCUUUAAAGCUUUGAAAAAUGAUAAUCUGAUUAGUAGAAUACAAGCUUUUCUCAAAAGACUAGUACAAAUAUGCAAUCAUCAACAACCACAUUUUAUUUGUGGUGCUUUUUAUAUGAUUGCUAAUGACAGGAUAUAUGAUGGUCGUAAAAGAGAUCCAAAAUAUUGCAAUGCAGAUCAAACUUGUAUCUGGGAAUUGUGUUCAUUUCUUGAUCAUUUCCAUCCAACUGUUUCGCUAUAUGCAAAAAAUAUAAUCACCAACAUAAAAAUUAACUCACAACCAGAAAUUCAUUUACACACACUGACUCAUUUCUUGGAUAGAUUUGUUUAUCGUAAUCCUAAAAAAAAUGAUAGUGUCAAAGGUGGUGGAAGCGUUCUACUACAACCUAGCGUCAAAGCUAUUUCAGAACAAGGUAUGGUUGUUAUGAAAAAAGGUGCAGGAAUCGGUAAGGAUGAAUUGAAUGUUAAUUCGGAAGAAUUUUGGAGGAAAAAACUGGAUGAUGUGCCUGCUGAUCAAGUAUAUACAAUGAUACUUGCCGAUGAAAAUGUUGGAUCAGACGAAGAGGAAGAAAUCGAGAAAGAAAUUUGGAAGGCAAUGAAACAAGAAAAAGACAAAGAAAUAAUAAACAAAGCUAAUAUUCGUGGCAAAAUUAAGAAUGUUAUUUAUUUUUUCCAUGACAAAAAAUACGUGAUAGUUAUUAAUAAAGUUACUCGCUUAUAUGCAAUUAGAUUAAUUAACUAUGAAGAUGAUGGUGGAGACGGAGUGGAAAUAUUAGCAGUUAAGAGAUUUCCUGACUUGAUAGGGUUUUAUCUAACAAAGGAAGAAGUUGAGAAUAAAGUCGAAAAAAAUGAACGUACACAAAACUUAUUAACUGAUAUAUUCAUAAUUAAAAGAGAAAUAUAUGAACUAAAAGAAAUGAUUCUUGGAGAAAUAAAAACUCAUUCAAAUCUAGAACGUGAG